CAUUCAGUUAGUGUUUUCGUGUUGAUUUGGAAGGUUCGCUUAUCGCUUCAUAAUUAAACCAAAUUAAAAAAAAAAGUAAAUUCUCUUUUAGAUUUUUGUUUUAUUUUAUAAACUAACGAAACACCAAUAUGGCCGAGAAAAUUUCCGUUUGCAUUGUAGGCUCAGGAAACUGGGGAUCAGCAAUCGCUAAAAUUGUUGGUAAAAAUGCAGCUAAAUUGCCAGAGUUCGAUGAAAGAGUAACGAUGUAUGUUUAUGAGGAAAUGAUCGAUGGCAAAAAAUUGACCGAAAUCAUAAACACUACUCACGAGAACGUAAAAUAUCUGCCUGGACACAAGUUGCCACCCAAUGUAGUAGCCGUUCCUGAUAUUGUGGAGGCUGCUAAAGUUGCUGACAUACUUAUCUUUGUUGUGCCACAUCAAUUUAUUCGUAAUUUUUGUGCCAGUUUGUUGGGCAAGAUCAAGCCAACUGCCGUCGCCAUUUCCCUUAUUAAAGGCUUUGACAAAGCCGAAGGUGGUGGUAUUGAUCUGAUUUCACAUAUCAUUACCCGUCAUCUUAAAAUUCCAUGCUCUGUUUUGAUGGGAGCCAAUUUGGCAAAUGAAGUAGCUGACGAGAACUUCUGCGAAACAACUAUUGGCUGCAAGGACAUCAAAUACGGCAAAAUUCUUCGAGAUAUUUUCCAAGCAGACCACUUUAGGGUCGUUGUGGUUGAUGAUGUCGACGCUGUUGAAGUUUGUGGAGCGCUUAAGAACAUUGUCGCCUGUGGAGCAGGUUUCGUCGAUGGUUUAGGUCUGGGUGACAAUACAAAAGCUGCUGUCAUUCGAUUGGGGUUGAUGGAAAUGAUUAGAUUUGUGGAUAUCUUUUAUCCUGGUAGCAAAUUGGCAACAUUCUUUGAAAGUUGUGGUGUCGCUGAUUUGAUUACUACUUGUUACGGUGGUCGUAACAGAAAAGUAUCCGAAGCUUUUGUAAAAACUGGCAAAUCAAUCAAAGAGCUUGAAGGAGAAAUGCUAAAUGGGCAAAAGCUACAAGGUCCGUUUACUGCUGAAGAAGUAAACUACAUGUUAAAAGCCAAACAAAUGGAAAACAAAUUCCCCCUAUUUACAGCUAUCCAUAGGAUCUGUAUAGGCGAACUUAAAGCAACACAACUUAUCGACUGCAUACGUUCACAUCCAGAACACAUUCUUGAAAUUUCAAAGGUUUCUACCGUUGGUGUAGUCACAUCCUUCAAGAGUCCAGCAAAUUGCAUCAAAUGCUAUGCCGAGAAACACAAUUUAGAAACAUUCAAGUGGCCAAUAGAUGCAGACAUUUGCAGUAAAUAUGACCUCGGUGUGGUGGUUUCGUUUGGACAUUUGAUACCAAGUAAAAUUAUAAAAGCGUUUCGUUUAGGAAUGAUAAAUGUUCAUGCUAGCAUCUUGCCUAGAUGGCGAGGAGCCGCCCCAAUAAUCUAUUCAAUAAUGAAGGGAGACACUAAGACAGGGGUGUCCAUCAUGAAAAUAGAACCAGCUAGGUUCGAUAUAGGUGAUAUUUACGCUCAAAAAGAAAUUAGUAUCGGAGAAAACGUUCUUAUGCCUGAGUUGCAUAGUAUUUUGUCAAAAGAGGGAGCAAAACUUCUAAUAUCUACUCUAGAGGCAUAUCCAGACAGUUUCAAAGAUCCUACACCACAAAAUGAUAAGAACGUAACACAUGCACCCAAAGUUUCUUCUGAAUUGACCCAAGUUCACUGGAAUUCAAUGGAAGCAAAAGAAGUCUACAAUCUUUAUAGGGCACUAUUUGGCUACAAACACUUAUAUACUAGAUUUCAGGAUUUGAUCAUAAAAUUGGUUGAAGUGAGAUUAGGACCAAGAAUUCAUGGUGAUCUUGGAAUCCCUGGAUCUAUUGAAAUUGUUCGGAGUGAGAGGUGUUUUAGAGUGCAAUGUAAAGAUGGCAAUUGUAUUGAUGUUUUAAAAGUCAAAGUUGAAGGCAAACGUACUAUGACUGCUGAAGAGUUCGUUAAUGGAUUUUUAAAGAAAAGUGAAAAAAGUUCAUGGUUAUUUAAUUAAAAAAAAAGAAAAAUU